AUGGAUGAUGAAGGAGAUUUUGGUUAUGGCUCUAUGAGCAUGAGCUCGAGUGAUUUUCAAAAUCUUGCCAGUGAUCAGGAGAGAAUCAACAGUCUCAACGAAUUGUGUACCUUCUUGUGUAUUGGUUUGGAGGAUUUUAUUGCCGGUUUCGAUGUAUAUGGCUGGUCAAGUGUGUUGACUCCGAUUUUACAGGAUAGACUUUCCGAAGUGAAACGAAUUGAGCAAGAAGUCAACAGCGGAAAUCUAGAGGAUGUGUCAUCAUUGCAAGGAAAAUGGAAUGACUCGAGAGAAAUCAUUACAUUAAUUUUGAGAGCUCUCGGCUCCAUACUAGACUUGGUUCCACGAAGUUGUCCAACUGUGUUGAGUUAUAAUCCCAUUCCAGUCAUGUUAGACCUGUUACAAAUAUUUUCUGAUCAUCAACGAUCCAAAGGUGAGAGCAGUUCCACUGAUAGUACAUUACUGGAAGCAUCGGACCAAAAUAUUGAUGCAAGACCACUCUCAAAAGAAUUGUUUGGAGAUUUGGUGAAUGAAGGCAUGUUAGAAGAAAUUUUAAAAUGUUUUGACAAGAUUAGUAUUGAAGAACCUACAGCAUUGUUGAAUGCAAAAACCAAUACUGAUGAUGUAAAUGAUCAAAGCAGUGACACCAAUACGAGCACAACAACAGCGAAAUCAAAGAAAAAAUUGACAUCGAUGAAAAAUGUAGGGUUUCUGAGCGUUUUACUUGGAUGUUUAGAUAGUCCUCAAAUGGGAAUUAGAAUCAAACUUUCUGCUCUAAAAACUAUUUGUAACUUGUUUAGAAAGAUGCGUGUGAAGGAAGACUUUCCAAUUUUCAUAGAGCAAGCAGGCUCUUUGGAUGCUUUGAUUAGACAAAUUAGAAAUGUUUCUGGACAUGCAACUCUUUCAAAUGCAAGCGGUGACAUUAACAGUACACGUCAAUCUCUAGAAAUGUUCGAAAUUAUUUGUCAUUGCUUUGCCUACAUACUCGAAAGAAGUAGAUUCCAGAAAGGAAAAUUAUCAGACACUUCCGAGAAGAAACAAACAAAACGAAAAGCUUCCAAAUCUGUAUCAGCCACCUCUUCGUCAUCCGAUUCCUCCGAGAGUAUUAUGGAACAAGUAGCAAAGAGAGUUGCAAACCGGUCCAUGCUUUCCAACAUGGUUGAGAAAUUGAACGAUGCAUCAAACAUAGUCUCCGUUUCAUCAUGUAAAAUUUCUCAGUACAUUUUGAACACACUUUCUCUCUAUUGCGAUGCAUCCCCAGAAGUCACAAAUAAUUUAUUGAAUCCCUCAGUUUCGGCAACCACCACAACUGCAAAAACUUUCAUGGCAAUUCUUAAAAAGUGGAUUGAUCCUCAACAGCAAGAAUUAAUGUUCUCCACAAGUGAAAAGUCGAGCCAUGAUUUUUCCCUAUUACAAGAUUGUAUCUUACAUUUACUCAAUAGCUUGUUUCCUGAAGUCGAGGAUCAUGAAAGUUGUGGUACUAUACCCAUUUAUAUUUAUGGAAAUAAUAAGUAUUAUUGGGAAGAUGAUUAUCACAAUAUGAAUGAAUAUGAUGAAAAUGCCAAUAUGGAGCUAGAAAAACAUUACCGAUCUGGAAAUGUUGAAACUCCAUUCAAUUUAAUGGUCAUUGGAAGAAGUUAUAGAAUAGAUCUCAUGGAAAUGAAACAGCAAGGUGGAGUCACCAGAAACAUUAAGAGAAAUCCUCUGCCCUUCUCCUUCUCAAGAGAUGUUUGUAUUGAAAUCAAAGAAGAUCCAACAAAACACCAUGCACAAUCUCCAACCACUCCACCAUCAUCGAACGAAGAGAGUACAGAAUCAAGCAAGGGCUUCUUUAAGAGAUUUUUCAAGAAACAAAAAACAAGUGGCUCAGCCAGUUCUCCUCAACAAGAAUCCCAAUCUCCAUCCACCCCUCAAUUUAGAAGAAGAAUAUCUAGCAUGAUCGGGAGCAGUACAAAGCCAACAAUUACCAAAACCAAAGAAAAAUAUUCAAAAGCAGGAGCCUUUUCUAAAUUGCCAUCAUCUGAUCAAAUCAAAAUCAGUGCAUUUGCAUUGCAAGAAUUAUUGGAACCUCUCAUAGCCUUAUCCACCAAUGAGUUUUAUAGAAAAGAUUGCGUGAGUCUGAUUUGUAAGCUGAUUUACACUUGCCUCAAGUCAUCGAAUGAAACAAAUAUCCAAGAUAAUACAAUCUUAUGGAGAUCAGUAGCCAAAUUCGCCAUCAAAACUUUGAAUCAAUGCCUUUCUGUAGAGAGCUCUUCAUCAUUAUCGAGCAUUGAGAGUCUUUUAGAUAGUCAACAUCAAGAUGAGAGUAUCACUGCUCCUGCUUAUUUGAACGUAUCGGUUCAUGAUUUUAAUACUAUGAGCAAAUUUGAUGUGGUUGUUAUUUCGAACUGCUUGAAAAUGAUGCAACUUGUUCUCUCACAUUUACCUUCUGACCACGCAAGUUUGAAGAGUAUUUUCGUUCGUGAAGGAAUGUUAUCUACCUUUAAUAAUAUCAGUUCCAUGUCUAAGGAUGGUAUGAAUGAAUUGGAGCAAAGUGCUUUUAAAGUGAUUCAUGAUAGCUCUCAAUACAUUUUGAAUACCUUCUUCAAGGAUCAAAUUCACACCACAAACCAUCACACAGAAGAAGAGAUUCAGUUAGAAAAUUUAUGCCAACAGUUACAUACAUUGGACGCCAAAAUUUUACAAGACAUGCUUCCCUUGUUUAGCUCAGGCUCGAAUAUUUCAGCAUUCCAAUUUCAGAAAUGUGGCUUUACGACGACUUUUGUGAAAAGUCUUUUACAAACCCCUAUUCAUCAACAAGAUACAGUCAUUGCAGAGUUUGGAAAGCUUUUAUCACAAAAUGCAUCAACGUACUCCAAUCUGAUCGAUUUGAGCCAUUCCUUGCUUGAAAAAUUGGCUGAAAAAUUUUUCAAGUUUACUGACAAUCCCUUCUCAGAAAGCACGAUCAAGAAAUUUGGAAAUACUAUCUACUUGAACAUUUCAUGUCUUGAUGCCAAGCAAAAAGGUGCUUGGAAAAAUUCCGAUAUUCAAGCUGAACCACUGGUCACUAUCAGAAGUCUUGAAAGUUUUAUCAAAAAGCAAGCACAAACGAACUCGGACAUUGAAAUAUAUCUUGACGGAAAGCCAUGUACCGAUCCAUCUCUUACUUAUUUUGAGUCAAAACUUCGUACCAUGAAAGAUCAUACUCUCAUCACUGUGAACGAAUCACUUACCUCUGAGUUUUUCAAUUUAUCAAGUCAUGAUGUCAAGUACAAGAUUAUCGAUCCAAAAGAAAAGCUUGAAAAGUUCUUGGAACACAAGCGAAGCGCCAAACAUACAUUACCCGAAAAUUUCUUUACGCAAACUUCUUACAACAUGCAUCAAUUGUUGAGAUGGAUUGAGCAAUUUAGUCUUGAAAUGAGCAACGCAUUGGACAAGUCAGAAGCAGCUUCUCAUCUCAUCAACUGUUUAAUAUUUUUGAAGAUUCUUUAUACCCUUAAUGAGAAUCAAACAGUGAAUACUGUGUCCUUCCAAAAUAUGCAGCUCUCAAGCAAAUUUAUCAUGCAGCAACAAUCAUCGCAAUUUUUUGGAAUACUAGUAGCCAUUACUACACAUUCGAUUCCAUCAUGGAUGUAUGUCUUAACUAGAUAUUGCGGAUUUCUGCUUCCCUUCUCAACCAGAAGAAACUUUUUCACAAAAUGGAGUGGUGCUACAUUGUACGCCUCUCAGCUGUUACAGACACAUUGCAAUGCAACAGGUGUGUCAAGCGAAACGAGAAUUGGCAGGAAGAAGAUGGAGCGUGUGAAAAUUGUAGAUCGAGAAAAUAUUAUUUCACAAACAUUGACAGAAAUUCAACCUCUCCAUUAUCCAAGUAAAUAUACGCUAGAGUUUGAAUAUGAAAGUGAGGCUGGUAUUGGAUUAGGUCCAACCUUAGCCUACUACGAUUUAGUAUCUAAACAAUUACAAAAGAAGGCAAACAAUCUUUGGAUGGAUGAAUCAGAAGAAGGAGAGUUUGUUAGGUGCUCCUUUGGAAUUUUCCCACAGUUGAGACAAGAUAGGUCCGCUCUCUCUGAAUCGAAACGAAAAUUAUAUGUUUUAGUGGGGUCUCUGAUUGCAAAAGGAUUAGAGGAUGGCCGUCUUUUAGAUAUGGAAUGCAAUUUACCCAUGCUAGAAUUGUUGACCAAUCCGGUGAAAGAUCAACUCUCGCUUUUUGAUUAUGCUCAAAUUCAACCUCUUAUUUAUAACUCUUUACAACAUGUCAUUACUUUCAGGAAUAAGAAACAAACAUGUAAUGCAGAAGAAAAUAACGAUGAAUGGAAGAAACUUUCAAAUGAUAUUGAACAAUUAUGUUUGCAAUUCCAAUUUGGUAACUACAAUUUAGUGGAGAAUGGAAUGGAUGAGGAUGUAACCAUUCAUAAUAUUGAAAAAUAUUGUGAUGAUCUAUCUCGUUAUCUUUGUAAGGAGGGAAUUGAAGAGCAAUUGUGGUGUAUCGAAUAUGGCUUGGGUGAAGUAUUAUCAUUCAGACAUGGAAUCUCAAGCUUGCAAUGCUUUACACCAGAAGAGCUUUGUACGCUUAUUAGAGGAUGUGACGAAUUAUGGAACAAUCGAGAAACUCUUGUUCAAUGCAUUCAAUGUUCACAUGGAUACAACUUGGAGUCUGAUACCAUCAAAUUUUUGAUUGAUUGGUUGCUUCAGUUGAACGCAAGCGAUCAGCGAUUGUUUUUACAAUUCUCAACGGGAAGUAGUCGUGUACCUGUGGGCGGCUUGAAGUCCUUGCAUCCCAAGCUAACAGUAGUGAAAAAGACAGUCGAGAACCCAGAUAAUGAGUUACCCACUUGCAAUACCUGCUUCCAUUAUUUGAAGCUUCCUGCAUACUCAUCAUUCGAAGUGCUGAAAGCCAAGAUGAGUGUAGCCAUUCAAAUGGGAGGAGGUAGCUUUGAUUUAUCAUGA